AUGAAUAAAAUAUGGACAAUAUUCAGAUCCCACCCGUACAUUAGCAAUGUGCUGGGAUACACAACCCUGUUUGCUUCGGCAGACUUGAUUCAGCAAGGCGUGCUGGGAGGUGGACCUGGCAGUAGCACUCAACUCAGAGAAGAUACAUCAGAACAACAGACAUUGGUCAUGUCCAGUGAUGCUGGAUCAGAUACUCAAGCUCAGAAUUCACAAUGUCAUAUUCGGAAGGACUCUGAAUGCAGCAAGUACACGUCUGAUGAAAAGGACUCCUUAUUGACAGUCAAAAAUUUUCCCAUGCACAAUUUUGACUGGGGCCAGACUGCUCGUAUAGCAUUGAUUGGGCUGUGUUUCCAUUCCAACUUUAACUACCACUGGCUGCGUGCGUUAGAAAGGCUGUUUCCUGGAGGAGGUACGAAGAGGAUAUCAAUGAAAGUGUUUCUGGAUCAGCUAGUAGCUGCGCCUGCGACUAUUAGUGCAUUCUACAUAGGAUUGAGCACGUUGGAAGGGAAGGAGGACCCAUUUGAAGACUGGAGAAAUAAAUUCUGGACUUCAUACAAGACUGGAAUUGUCUACUGGUCCAUAAUGCAGGCAGUGAAUUUCUCUCUGGUUCCUCCAGUAGCACGCACAGUUUAUGUUGGAGGGAUUUCUCUCAGCUGGACUGUCUUUCUGUGUCAUUUCAGACAGCAAAGAAAUUAACCUCACAUUAUA